AUGGCACACUCCUUUGCAGAUGCACAAACGCAAUUGGAACGUCAAACUCGGGAAAUUGAAAAUUGGUGGUCUCAACCUCGUUGGAAAAAAACCAAACGGAUCUACACCGCUCGUGAUAUUGCAGCCCGUCAAGGGUCUAUUCCGAUUGAAACUAACAAUGCAUCGUCGUUAAUGGCCCGGAAAUUGUACGCUCUUUUGGCAAACCAUCACGAUCGUAAAACCGUUAGUAAAACGUUUGGAGCACUCGAUCCAGUUCAUGUAACCCAAAUGGCACCAUUUUUAGACACCGUGUACGUUUCUGGUUGGCAAUGUUCAUCAACCGCAUCCACGAGCAAUGAGCCCGGUCCAGACCUUGCAGAUUACCCCAUGGACACGGUCCCGACAAAAGUGGAUCAUUUAUUCAAAGCUCAACGUUUUCACGACCGCAAACAAUGGGAAGAGCGUUCACGGUGCCAAUCGCAACGCGAAUGGAACAAUUUGGGUCCCCCCAUCGAUUAUCUCAGACCUAUCAUUGCAGAUGCAGACGCUGGUCACGGUGGAAUCACUGCGGUUUUCAAACUCACCAAAAUGUUUAUUGAAAAUGGUGCCGCGGGGAUCCAUAUGGAAGAUCAAACCUCUACCAAUAAGAAAUGUGGGCACAUGGCUGGCAGGUGCGUUAUUCCAGUUCAGGAACAUAUCAAUCGACUCACCACGGUUCGGAUGUGUGCCGAUAUCAUGCACUCAGAUUUGGUUUUGGUUGCGCGUACCGACUCUGAAGAAGCUACACUUUUGAGCUCGACUAUCGAUCCCCGCGACCAUUAUUUCAUUGUUGGUGCCACAAAUCCGGAUUUGCAAGAAUCACUAUCGGAAAGCAUGGACGCGGCCAUCUUGAAAGGUCAUGGCGGUAAAGAAUUGGAAAACCUGGAAUCACGUUGGUGUGCGAAGGCCGGUCUCAAAUUGUUCCACGAAGCAUUUGCAGAGGCUGCACAGAAACAAAAGCCUGCAAACAGCGAACAACUAAUUUCAAAAUUUAAUGCACAAGCCGGGCCAUUGAAUGGCUUGUCCCUCAGGCAAAUGCAAGCGAUUGCCAAAAAACUUUUGGGUGCACCCAUUCAUUUCGACUGGGACUUGCCACGCGUGCGAGAGGGACUUUACCGUUACCGGGGUGGCACUCAAAGCAGUAUCAUGCGGGCAAGAGCAUUUGCACCAUACGCAGAUCUAGUGUGGAUGGAAUGCAAUUCUCCAGACUACCAACAAGCCAAGACUUUUGCCGAAGGCGUCAAAGCGCAAUACCCAGACCAAUGGUUGGCCUAUAACCUGUCGCCAUCGUUCAACUGGAACACCGCCAUGUCACCAAUGGAACUAAGUUCGUUUAUCGACCGUUUAGGUCAACUGGGUUACAUAUGGCAAUUCAUCACUUUGGCCGGGCUGCACACCAGUGCGCUUGCCGUCAACACUUUUGCAAAGGACUUUAGCCAGCGGGGAAUGCUAUCAUAUGCAACAACGGUGCAGCAGAAAGAGAUUGACAAUAACGUAGACAUUGUAAAACAUCAAAAAUGGUCUGGUGCCGAGUACAUUGACAGUUUAUUAAAACUGGCGCAAGGUGGGGUCAGUGCCACGGCUGCCAUGGGCGUUGGUGUGACUGAGGAACAAUUUCGAGAAAAUGGUAAACUCUGA